CGAUUUCAAAUUGUCUGUCGUGUUGAAUUUGCAUAUAAAGACAAACAAUUGCACUGAAAAUAACUAAAAAUACAUUGUGAUUUCAAGUAGUGAAAAAUGUCACGUUAUUUGUGCGAAUUUGAAGUGUUUGGCCGUGUGCAAGGUGUACUUUUUCGAAAAUAUACAAAACAACAAGCCGAUUCGCUCCAUUUAACCGGUUGGUGCAUGAAUACAAGAGAUGAUACUGUAAAAGGUGAAAUCGAAGGACCCGAAGACAAAAUCAAUGUGAUGAAACAAUGGUUGGAAAAGACCGGCAGCCCAUCAUCGAAUAUCACCAAAGCCGUUUUCUCGUCGCUCAAAACAGUCGAAUCGCCGGUUUAUCAGAACUUUGUCAUCCGCAGAUGAACAAAAAAUAUUCAGAUACUUUGAAUAUGCAAAAUUGAACAAAAUAUUGUGUGAAUUGAAAAGAAAAAUGAAAUAGAAAUA